UUACAGGGAGGCUGAUAUGUGGAAAGGGUGCCAAAUGUCGAGAUGUGUGAAUCAACAGAAACUCCACCAAGAACUUAUCUGAAUUCUGUCACUGCAAGAUUCGAACAGCAAUAUUUAGAGAGACAAAAAAAAAUAGAGAAAAAGAAAUGCCAAAGAGAAGUGGAGUUGGCUCACAGUCAGUAUUUGAAACAAAAUGUGGUGGACUCCCAGGAGAUGAUGCAUGCUAGUUUUGUGGUGGGAACCUGGUCUAAAAAACAUGGAGAUUUAGAAAAGAAAUGGGCAGUAAAGGACAAGAGAGAAAAACAAAGAAUUGAUGCCAGAUUUUCUCCCUAUAGAAAUUCACCUUCCAGUUCCAGAAGACAGCAGUCAAGUGCCAUACAGAAAAAAAGGACUAGUACCCCAUCAGGAAACUCAAUGCAAAAUCCCAGGCAACAAGCACGAACACCAGUAUCAACCUCCUCUCCUGCAGUUAUUUCAUUGGAUGAUAGCUUAGAGGAGAUGAAGAUGACUGGAUGUGAAGAACAUAUCAUCAUCUGUCCUGUUCUGUAUUGUGAAGUAAAGUUCACUUCCAAAAAUAAACAGGAGCAACAUAUGAGAGAUUUUGAUCAUUCUCCCAUUAAUCCUUGCUCAGAGAAUUCGAAUGGAGUAUUGGCAGGAAUAAAGCAGUACAUAUGUACUCACUGUGGUGCUAACUUUGAGAGCAGGGAGAGAUGGGAUUAUCACCAUGAUAUGGAGGGACCCUGCUCCUCCCCCAAACUCCUGGCAGUCAACGGAUAUCUUUGUCCCAGGACUCUCAGUAUCUUCUCCUCCAAAGAAAAGUGUGAAGCCAGCAUUCAAAGGGGAACUUCAGAUAUCAUCAAAUUUCCAUUUAAAGAUGAUGAUGCACUGACUUGUCGUUCUGUUAAACCGUGUCCAGUUUCUCAGACUUUUAUCGAUGACUUUACGACACGGUGUAAGUCUUGUCCAUUCAGUAUCUCCUGUAUGGAUUGCGGAGUGGAGAUUAAUGAUAAUGAAAGUUUUCAGAGCUAUUUUUCACUGACAGACCAAACCCAUAUACUCACUGCCACAACCAUUUUUUCAAAGGAGGAGGUGUUUUCAGAGUAUAUUACAGAAUACUUCUCAAAUUUUUCGGACCUUUCAAAACCUGAAAAUGCAGAAUCCAAAAUGAGAAAAGAGACUUUUUCUAACUUUGUAAAAUUUCUGUGCCAUCUUUUAGAGGAGAACUUGUAAAUCAAGUGAUUAUAUAUAAAGAUGUCUUGUUGAGCAUGACAUUCUACCUGUAUAUAAAUUGAAAAGCAUUUGAUUU